UCUUAUUCAGAUUUGGCAAUUGAAGCAAUCAAGAAUUAGCACAGAAAAUGGAUACCAGGAAUACGUAACCAGUGUUGAUAUGCCGAUGCAUAUGAAGUAAUAAAUGGAUAAAAGUGUGGGAAUGGAUGAUAUAGCCGUGAUAGGAAUGGGAUGUCGAGUUCCUGGAGCAGACAAUACUGAUGAAUUCUGGAGAGUUUUGCUCAACGGCGAAAAUCACAUAACAGACAUACCUAAGGAGAGAUGGAACAAUGACGCAUUUUACAGCAAAGAUCAGGACGAGCCGGGAAAAUCCUACGUGAGGAAAGCUGGUUUCUUAAAUGGGUAUGAUGAAUGGGACAACAAGUUGUUUGGCAUCAGUGAAAGUGAGGCUGCCAGAAUAGAUCCACAACAAAGGCUUGCACUAGAAUGUACACAUAUGGCACUGGAAGAUGCAGGAAUUACAAGAAAACAAUUAAAGGGCAGUCAGACGAGUGUUUACAUGGGCGUCAUGAACGAUGAUUAUAAAAGCCUGUAUAUGUUUGACCACGACGAGGAUACCAGUUUUUCUGCGACAGGAACGAGCUGGACGCUUAUUUCAGCAAGAGUUUCAUAUGUGUUCGACCUACGAGGACCAUCUAUGGUUGUUGAUACAGCAUGUUCUUCUUCGAUGGCGGCUAUACAUUUGGGAUCUCAGUCUAUAAGAUCUGGUGAAUGUGAGAUGGCAAUAUGCGGAGGUGUAAACUGCAUACUUAGCCCAGAUCAAUUCAUAACGCUUUGUAAAUCCAAAAUGUUAUCACCGAGCGGCCAAUGUCAGAGCUUUUGUGAUACAGCAGAUGGCUAUGGUAGAGGGGAAGGGUGUGGAGUUGUCAUUUUAAAGUCGUAUAAAAAGGCUUUAAAGGACAAGAACAAGAUAUGGGGCAUUGUUAAAACUGGAAGUAACCAAGACGGCCAAAUGGCAAAACCAAUAACGGCACCAUCCGGUGAGCAACAGGAAGAAUUACUGAAGAAAGUGUACUCUCUCUAUGACAUUGAUCCAGUUAGCCUUCAGUAUAUAGAAGCACAUGGCACCGGCACGCCGGUUGGAGACCCUACAGAAAUAAACGCAAUCGGAAGAUUUAUUCAGUCUUAUGGACUAAAGGUUCCAAAUGGCAAACAAAAUGACACAAAUAAUUGUUACAUGCUUGAAAAUGAUUUUCAAAAUUCACAGCGUAUGCGUGACAACCAGAUCGAAAAUAAUGUCACUGUCCAAAACAAAGCCAAAGAAACUAUUUUAAUUGGUUCUGUCAAAUCAAAUAUAGGUCAUCUUGAGUCCGCUGCUGGUGUAGUUUCGCUGAUUAAGGUGUUACUUAUGAUGAAUGAGAGAAAGUUUGUACCUAGUCUUCAUGUUAAGAAAGAUAAAUCAAAUGUAAACAAAAAGAUAAACCUAGAAACUUCAGGUCUUGGUAUUUGUACAGAGGUUUCUGAGUGGAAACCAGACACAAAUGGAAAACGAGUUUGCUGUGUUAACUGCUUUGGUUUUGGCGGAUCAAAUAUGCACGCUGUGGUCAUUCAGCAAGAUAUUAAAGAACAUCCGUACAACCAUGCUGACAAUCAGUAUAAAGUUGUAUGUACUUCAGGCCUGAAUAUUGCCGAUUUAAAAAUUCAGAUGCAAACCUUAAACAGAGAUCUUGCGACAGGAGGAUACAAAGCGCAAGAUAUAUCGUUUACAUCUGUUUUCCACCGGGACCACUUUCGUUACAAGACAUCUGUUUUUGGCAAAACUUUAGAAGAAAUACAGAAACAGCUCACGAUGAAGUUGUCAGAAGUUGAUAAAAUUCAAACAGAAAAACAGAUAAGAAUUAUAUUUGUUUUUUGUGGAGUAGGAACGACUUGGAAAGGAAUGUGUCGAGAGAUGAUGCAGCAAACAGUGUUCAGAGAAACCAUCGAUAGAGUUGACAAUCAGUUGAAAUCCCUCACGAGUUUGAGUAUUGCUGAGAAAUUCGUCAAUGACACCGAUUAUAAUGACCCUUUUCUCAACCAUGUUGGGUUAUUUUGUGUGCAGAUAGGAUUAUUUGAGCAAUGGAGACGUUGGGGUAUUCAACCUAAAGCAAUCAUAGGACAAUCUGUCGGAGAAGUAGCUGCGGCCUAUGGUUCUGGGGCGUUGAGUCUGGAUGACGCAAUUCAAAUUAUAUACACAAGGUCAAAGAUAUUGUCAGAGUUUACUGGAGGUAAAAUGAUUACCGCAAGAAAUAUUUCUAAAGAAACUGUGGAAAGGCUCAGCCAAAAGUACAAAAACCGUGCCAAUGUAGCUGUUUAUAACAGUCCGGUAUCAUACACGUUUUCAGGCGAUUCUGAUGCCAUCGAGCAACUUACGAUUGAUUUAGAAAAUUUGAAAAUUUUGACAAGGCCUGUAUCCGUUCCAUGUGCGUAUCACAGCCAUCAAAUGGAAGAAGCGGCAAAAUUGACCGAAAGUGAAUUAAAGAUACUGAAACCAGGCAUUAGAAUAACUGAGCAAUUAUCAACUGUAACCGGCGAACUGGCCAAAAAAAAUGAUUUUCAAACGGCAAAAUAUUGGGCCAACAACAUUCGGCAGCCAGUCCUGUUCAUGAACGCAGUCAAGCAAUCAUUAGAUGAACACGCUUUGAAUGUGUUCGUCGAAAUCGGACCCAAGCAAGUUCUUCACCAGCAUUUGCCAAACAUCGUUGAUACAACAAAGGAAUGGAUAUGUUUGCCUUCGAUGAAUGUAAACAACGAGUGCGAGAGUAUGUACACAUCACUAAACACCCUUUAUGAACUGGGAGCUAAUGUAACAUGGGAAAAUAUUAUACCUUUUGACGGAAAGCGUGUACCCUUGCCACGCUACAUUUUUCAGAAAAAAAAGAUGCUUCAUAUUCCAAGACAAAAUAAGCUUCUUUUGAAAGGUGUAAGACAAAUUAGCGGAUCUCAUAUGUACACAAGACAGAGUCAUAGGUGUGGAAAAACCUUCACAGUUCAUCUGGGCAAAGAAACGACACCGUUUGUAUAUGAUCAUUACAUGAACAAUGUGAUACUUGUUCCUGGUUCGACAUACAUUGAAGCUGCAUUUGAGAUUGGUCGUCAAGUAUCUUCAUUAUGUGUGUUUGACAUUAGUGUUUCCGUCGAGUUUUUAAACACAUGUAUACCAAAACACAAUGAGCACUGUCUUAUAGAUGUCACUGUAGAAGAAAGAGGUCUUAACAAUUAUGAAUUUUACAUGGAGAAAGACAAAAAAGUCCUCUGUAAAGGACAUAUAUGUCCUCGAACUGAAAGUGAACGACAACAGAUAAAUAUACAGGCAAUAAAAGAGCGCUGUGAAACACACAGGACAAAAGAAGAAUCCUACAGAUGCUUAGAUCACCUGCAUUUCCAAUAUGGAGAAUCUCUUAGGAUCGUAGAGCAAUCAUGGUCGUCUGCUGUUGAAUGUAUCGCUGAAUUUACGCUAACAGAGUCUGUACUUGAACAGAGAAAAGUUACACAGAUGCAUCCAAGCGUAAUUGAUGGUAUGUUUCAGACAUGCGGUAUUCUAAGCAAAACAGAUUAUAACCAACUGACUCUUCCUAAAAGUCUGGCAUCAAUAGUAAUGAACAAGUUCCCAGAGAAAUGUAUGUAUGGAUAUUCCUACUUGGAAAGAUCAACUGCCACUGAAAACCACUUCAACAUUUUGCUUUUGUCACAGAGCGGUAAUGUGCUUGCUGAAAUGCGUAACUUCUUCGCAAAAUUAAUGACAGAUGAAUCAGAAAUGUCUAGCAAUAUCAUGUACAAAUCAGUUUGGCGUGACUUGCCUUCUCCUAUUGAAGUUCCUGAGGAUAGUUCAGGAAAUGAUAUGCAUUUGAAAAUUAUUGGCCACAAAAGAUUCAUUUCUUGGUUCGAGAAAUUGAACGACCACAGCAAUGAGUUGAUCCAUAUAGAAAACAGAGAUUUGAGCAAAGAGCCGUUCAGUAACAUUUUAAGGUUUCAUUCGAUUGUUUAUGCGCCUUCCGUUCAUAUUCAAGAUUGUCAACAUGGCGGUUCUCUCGUUUAUCAAUGUGUGAAGGAGUCAUUCAAAAAUCUUGCACAUAUUAUUAGGCAUCUCAGUCAAUUAGACAAAGAAUUACCUGUCUUUAUCGUUACUGAAAAGGCUAUGAUUCACCAACAUGAUAAUGAAGGUGAUUUAAAUGUAUGUGGAUCAGAGUUGUGGGGUAUGGCCCGGUCUGCAAUCAGUGAAGGAGCUUAUAGUAAUCUCAUACUCGUUGACAUGGCAUUUUCAAAAGCGAACAUAAUCGCCCUCAAAAAAUUAUUGAAAAGAAAACCACACGGCUACAAUGAAUUCAUGAUCAAAGACGGAAAAUAUCAUUACUUGGAGAUAAUAGAAACAAAUGCCGAUGAUAUUCCGUUUCGAAGACAGAUGAACAACGAUAUGGCUAAAGAUACCAUUCUGAAAUCAUCAUCAGCAACCAUUCUUUCAGAUCCUUUUUAUGAUGCAACAACGCCAGAAUUUACAACAAAUUGCAAAGCUCAUCAAUACGAAAUCCAGCUUAAAAGAUUUUGCCUCCACAAUUCUUCGGUUUACCCAGUUUCGUACCCUGACGCAAGUAAUGAAGAUAUGUACAGGACAGGGACAAACACUGGAUAUACUUUCAUAUGCAUUGAAGGCACAGGGCGCAUACAUGAUAAAACCGAAGAGAACAGCAGCCUUGCAGAUGUUGCUUUUUGCUGUCCUGUUUACGUCUCGCCUGUCGUUUCAGUUCCAAAGGAGUGCGUUUACGAUUUGACAUCUCUGCCAGUAUAUAUCCCAGGUAUGCUGACCGUUGGUGUUCUACUCUGGAAUGUAGUUGAAGCUUGCACAGAGUUAUCAUCAGAAAAUAUAUUUGUCAUAGUUGACGAUGACUAUGAAGUUCGGAUCAAACUCAUUCGAACCAUAUUAUCAGAUCAGCAUUUAUCUCCGAAGAUUGUGUCUAAACGCCAGCUGUUAAAUAUGCAACCCAGUGGUGACAAAGAUACCGUAAUUAUCUUAGCACACCUGAACAUGCGUCAAUUUAGUGAGGUUGAGAAGAUAUUCCCAGCUUUGAAACAUAUGAUAAGUGUUGACGGGUAUAUAUCUAAACGUCAAAAAAUCUACAUGAACAUGAACAAGGAAAUGGUUUCGCUCCGUAUUUUGAGCGUAGAAGAUAUGUUUACCUAUUCAGAGUUAACUGCCAAAAUACCGAAGAUCUACAAAUGUUUUGUGGCAUUCUCAUGCGAAAAAGAGUCACUGUUAGAAGGGAAAAGAGUUUCGAAGAAAAACAUAUUAGAUCUUCCGUAUGUGGUUUUUCCUCUUUAUGAUGAAAAUGGAAAGCCAAACAUCCCUCUAAAGGUAACAAAGGAGAACGUCCUAAGGCAGAAUGGAUGCUACAUAAUUGUCGGUGGUCUUUCUGGAUUAGGUUGGGAGCUUCUCCAACUUUUGGUAAGAUUAGGUGCAACAUACAUUGCCACGCUAUCUAGACGCUCACUAACGGAUCAAAUCACCAAGGAUAUAAAACAAAUUGAAGCAAAGUACGAAUGCGUUAUCAUAAAUCUUCAAGGUGAUAUUACUAAGCAAGACCAGGUAACCGCAGCGUUUGAGAAACUAAAAAGUCAGUUAGACAGUCAUGUAGAUAUAAGGGGGAUAUUUCACGGAGCUGGAGUUAUACGCGAUAACUUCUUAAGAGAUAUGCAAGAAAAAGAUCUAGAUGAAGUAAUGUUACCAAAAGUUUUAGGUACAUGGAAUCUUCACCAAGCGAGUUUAAGUCUGCCACUUGACUUCUUUAUCAUGCACUCAUCUAUUGCGUCCGUUUUCGGAAAUCAAAAGCAAUGCAAUUAUGCCGCAGGAAAUUCCUUUCAAGAUUCAUUUGCUCAUUUUCGCCGGAGUCUUGGAUUAUGUGGACAGAGUAUUAACUGGGGUCCUUUACCACUGGGAAUGACAAAAAAGGACUUACGAUUGGAAACUCAUUUGAAAACUCAAGGCUUUCAGUUUUUGACGAAAGAGAACAUUUGUGAUUGUUUCAUAGCUGCUUUAAUGACGAAUGAAAUACAGCUUAUGUUUGGAAAGUUUGAUUGGGUAAAAUUACAAGAAAACGCAAUGUUUAAGUUGAAUUCAAACAAGUUUGCUGAUAUACUGAAAAUGAAUCCUACUUCUGAAACUGACAAUGAAGAAUCUGACGCGACAAAAUUCAGAUGUGAUUUCUUCAAACAAGACCCAACAGAACAAAGUCAAAUGGUUCAUGAAUUGGUUUGGCGCAAAAUUGCGAAAUCAUUUGCCUUUGACGAAAGCACCCUGACGGGAAAAACAACAAUGGUGAAGCUUGGUAUUGACUCUUUGUCAGCCAUGAAUUUCACAAAUGACAUUUAUCAAAUAACAAAGACGAAAAUUCCUCUUUUGACAUUGUACAAUGGUUCAACAACGCUGGAGGAUAUAACGUCAUUAAUUGUUAAAAAAAUGCUGGAAGAGCCAGAAGUUGUCGAAGCUGAAACGGAGCAGCCUGAUGAAAAUGUAUGCAAUUAUUUAGAAGGAGAAGUUACAUUUAUGCAAAAAACAUUACUUGAUGACGUCGCAAAAUACCAGUUUAGUAGAAACAUCAUGCGACAAGUCGAGUUUGAAAUAUCGGGCUUAGAGUUGAACAAAAAUGACCUAGAAAUUAUCUUUAUUCAUCUGAUUUACAUAAAUCCAGAACUGCGACGUACGUUUGCAGGAAAGGAGAGAAAAUAUCACCCGAUUGUUCGCGAAAGCCAACAGAUCAGUUUCAAUAUAGAAGAGGUUGAAUUCAACAGUAUUUGUGUAAAGAAUUCAAUAGACCAAAGAGAAGAAGUUAGAAUGGACAUCAGGAAAGAAAUUCCUAUAAGGGUAAAGGUAGCAUUUAGACAAAGAAGAACUAGGGUUCGCAUGUUUAUUCAUGCUGUUGUAGGAGAUUUGGCAGGCAUAACUAACCUCGUCCGUGACAUAGGAGCUAUCCUUAAAUGUCACUUGAAACAACAGUCUUUGCCGCCCGUGAAAACUAACCUAAAUCUCUCAAAGGUCUUGAGGGAUUCCAUUACACCGCAAAGUAAUAAACUGAAAAGGUUUUGGAGUUCUUAUUUGAAUGCAGAUAUUUCUCCAUUCACAUUCUCGACUGAUUUAGACGAAGAAAUUGAAGAAGAAUACUGGAAAGAUAUAUCAGAACGCGUGCCACCAUACCUCUAUGACAAAAUGAUGAAAUUCAUUAAUAGCCAGGGAAUUUCGUUGUACAACUUCCUGUUUUCUGUAUACACGAUUGUUCUUCAUGAGUUCACAGGAAAAUCUAUUAUACCUUUAGUUACAUGGAUAGAUAUGAGGGCUCAUGUGCAGCAGCUGCAACCCGUCAUUCAGAGUUGUUCAAAUGCAGUACCAGUUGUAGGCGACCUUAGGGAAAUGGAUCAGGUAAAAACGUAUCUUAAGAAACGCUCUGAUCAAUUAUAUGACAUAACACAACAGUAUAGUGCAUACCCUUAUGAACUUAUCAAGGAAGAAAUGAAAUCUGAAGAACUCAAGAUGCAUAUUGGCCGUCACAGAUUUAUUAUGGAAAACAUGACGAAUUUGAAUAACGUCUCCAGAUACGAAGAUUUUGAGUUGAAGAUAGGUCGACCGUAUUACAAAAGGCAUUCAUACGAAACGAGUUUACACAUAGAAUAUGAUACUCAUAGCAACUACGUAGAUCUGCAGUUUGGAUAUAAUAAAAAGUUGGUGGCAGAAACGUAUGCUAGCCAAGUUCUCCCGCGAAUGGUACAGCUGAUGGAAGAAAUGGAACAGUCGCCAGACACACAAGUCAUACAAUUACUCAAAUAUAGUAAAAGAUUUCCCGGUGGUUCUGAUUCUGAGACAAGUUCCACAUAAGAAGAGGGAAAUGCCAAAACUUUUAAUCUAGAAAGCAGGAAAAAAGAUACAAAUUUUAAGCAUUAAACGAGACAUAUUUGAAGACAACAUUGAGACGUCAACUGGCAAUAAGCAACAACAUCUGCGCCCCCUCCCACCUCCACCCACCCCAAUAAAAGGUGAUUAAUAUAUAUAGGAAAUAUGAACCCACGUCACUCUAUGGAUUUUGCAAAAAGUAGCGCUACCGUUAAGUUUCUAGAUAUGCUACGUAAAAGAAUACAAUGCUGUUUGAAUUUUUGAUUAUGUUAAAUUACAAUAAAUCCUUUUUGAAAUCCCUGGUCACCUGAAAGGAUGGCUAAGUAGAUGCAUGAAUUCGUGGUUUUGGGAGACUAUAUACUUUGCGUAAAAUAUAAUAGUUCAUUAUCAUUAUGCUUUCGGAUUAAUAGCUAAGAUAAGGGUGAAAAACAAUUAUAUUUGAUAAUUUCACAGUGAAAAGUGCUCAGUGUAAUAAUUUACUAACACUGCCUGUUUUUCUUCAUGUUUUACGGUUGAUUUUGUUCAUGUUAUUUCAAUGACAUCUGUAGUACCUAUUGUAUCAAAGGUAGUGUUCAGUUAAUACAUCAGAGAAGACUUUUCAUCUACUAAACUAAUCCAUUGCGACGUCUGAAAGGCGGUAAGCAAUAGCAGUAAUCGUGUACUAGGAAUGAUAAUUUCAUGUUGUUUCUAAGGAUUGGAUUCUAAUCAAUGCAUUUAUCGUAGUUUUAUAUUCAAUCAGUAGGCAUUCCCUUGAUAUUGUUCAUACUUGUGUUUAACAUUUAGAAUUAAUCCUAGCUGGCAUUGUAUACACUAUUAAUACACAUAUUUACAUUAUCGUACGUACUUAAGUUGUUAUAUGCACAAAUAUGCGCAAUUCCCUAAAGUGAUUUGUCUAAAUGUAAGAAAAAUCAACAUGAUGAAUGUAUGAUACACGUUUCAUUUUUUGCAAGAGCCACGGGGUCCUUUAUGUAUGUUUGUAGGAUAAAUGUUUCUUUGAUGUCUUGGUACUCAGAUUAUUUCUGCAUACACUGUAUUUAUAUCUGCAACGAUUUCAUGAUAUACGUGUACUUUGCCAUUUUGAAGUUUCAUAAAUUCAGUUUGGAUAAUAUAGUUUUAGUAUGUAUAUACUCUGAGUAUGUGUGUAUUAUAUUUUUUAUUUAUGUUUCCAUCAUUGAACUUGUUAAAAUCAUAUAAUUAGUAAUAUUAUCAUUUACUACAUGAAUACUCUAAAUUGCGUGUAGCGUAAGAGUAUUAUUGCAAAUUUUCAUGGAAUCAAAAGAGUUAUAAUAUUGGAGAAACAUUAAAUUAUAUAAUUUCUUGUGCAUUUUACUUUAAAAGCCUCACUUUUAUACAUUAAAAUAAGUUAGUGUGCCGCAAACACUGCAUUUAAAAAUCAGUACUUAUUGUGUGAUGGAAGUCGUUUUUACAAAGAACUGUGAGGCGUCUUUAAUAUAUGGACGCUUAAUGAGAUAAUAACUCAAAUAAAAAGUGGCCAGUUCACUUAAUAUAUUGUCAUGCACGUUUAUUGACGCAUUCGAUUACUUGUAAAUACUUAAGUGCGUUUCUUUCAACCAUUACUUAAUAAAAAUUGUUAAAAUAUUGCAUUGCAUGUUAAGAUGAAUGGAAGAUUCAAUAAAAAUCGUGCAUUCAGAAACCGCUUUCCAAACUUUUAGAUGAAUUUCACGCUAUCCUUUACGUAUUACGUUUUUGAUAUAAUUGUGAACAAAUGAUCAAGGUUAAAUGUUAUCGUAAUGAAGACCAAUCCUUAGCUCAAUACAUUUUAUAAGAAUAGCAUCGGACCUUUACUCUUUACGCCUGAAUAAUAGUUUUAUAGUCUAAUUAUCAUUUUUCAUGUAAUAUAUGAAUAACAUUAAUAUUCGCCUGGUUGAAGCAUGAGCGGUAACGAAGAUUGUGAUUCGUUCUAAUCCUUUCCAUCAACUGUUCUUGUAAAGCAAGUUAGUAAAUAUAAUCAUGUAUAUAUAUUGUUGGGAAUAAAUAUGUUUAAACCAAAAUUGUGUGGAACCGGUAGGAGACAACCAGUGUUGUCGGGCUAUAUAAACGCUCAAGUGUUUAUAUUUAUAACGUUCUUUGUCAUUUUAAUAUCGUAAGUACUGUGUACGACAUUUUACUUUGUAAAAGGCUGUGUUUUUGUUUGCUUUCUGUGAAUGCGUUUCUGUUAUAAUUAUACCAUUAUAAAUACCAUGUAUUAUCAAGAUUAUACACAAUUUAUAUUAAAAUAUUUUGUGAUUGAUAUCCUGAUGCAGGACAAAAUCAAAGUGUUUUGCCUUUAAACACCCCACUUUCCCUACCACAUUCUCGUUAUUGUAUCCUGCAUACAAUUAUAAUGUACUUGUUGUUGGAUUUUGAAGCAACCCGUCUGUUAUAUUCUUCUACUACAGUUUCCACUGUGGGAAAUAACGUGAUCAAAAUAAUCUCUAAACUAAAAUAAAUUUAGGAAUAAUAUGGGAUAAUAUUGAAACAACUUUUGCUGUAAGUCUUAUAAAUAUAGCAUUUCAUAUGGCAACAUAGAUAUGUCCUAAAACUGCAUAGAUUUCAAUCACAAUCUCCCUCUGAUCAUCUAGAAUACUUAAAAAACUGCGACUUCUUAUUUUCCUUAGAUUUUGUAAUUAGAAGAUAUCUAUAAUUAGUGUCAACUACAUAAUAGUUAUGUAUUAGUCAUAUGUUAGUCUAUGUUUCAAUUUCAUAUCUUAUCAAUGUAGGAAAUUUAUUCAUGUUCUUCAACAUAUAACUUUGCUUUAGAGAUUAUUUUGAUCAUGUGAUUCCCCUAGUGUUGGCUAUUUGUGGCGGACCCUACUGUACGAUGUUUUGCUCUGGCUGUAUUUCCCGUUCUCUGUGCUUUGGGGCCAUCAAUAUUUUUUUAAUGAUAUUAAAAAAUGGUAUUAGUGUGAGGUUCUGUCAUUGUGGAAUUAAUUAUAUUUCCGAUGACAUACUGCAACUUCCUGAAUAUGUAUAUUAAUAUGCAAAUGCUUAAGUUAUGAAAUAUCAAUAGCGUAUUUUUGUCACAUGUCAAUACAAAAUGAAUGAAAGUACCACAGUUUGCGUAAAUAAGCAUAUUCAUCUUUUAUUAUCACCAGUGAGAAUUUUUCUUUUGACAUGUUUGAUAUGUUUUGCUAUUAUGUUUGAUGACCUUGUUAUAAGCUAUGUUUUGUGUUCCUUUUAUCAUUGAUAAAUCAUAUAAUGUAAUAACGCCCUUCAAAAAAGUAAAAUCAGUUUUGUGUGUAUAUUCCAAAUGUUUGUAAAGAUUCUUUUUAUGAGUGGUUCUGAUUCGAGCCUUUCAUGCAGUUUGCAAGUAAUGUUUGGCUCGGUUUAAUAACCCCAUAUUUGAAUAUUCAGUAUGUUUUUUCCUUGGUUGUUAUUUAGCAACUACUAAUGUUUAGGAACGUCACAAAUGCCAUUUAUUUCAUAGCCAAUAACAAAAUAGCUUACCCGCCAGCCAUAUAACUUUUAACGAUUUUGUGACCUUACUAAUCCAAUCAAUUAUUUAUUUUUUAACAAAUAUCCAGUUCUGUUAUAAAUGUCCUCCCUCCAUACAAAAUUCAUGUAAAUACUUGUUAGUUUCUAAAAAUAAAGCAAAGUUAAUGCAAAUGUUACAAAAGCGGGUUAGCUGUCUUGAUUUUACACUAGCGUGUGUAUUUCUUAAUUGUUGUUAAGCAUAAUUUAUACAAUUCUGUACAGAGAUUAAAUGGGAGGUUGCACUGCCAUGAACUGAAGAUAUUUUUAUAUCUUAGUAUUGUGAAUGGCACAAAAAAUCCCAGCAUUGUGUAUGAGGCGCCAAAUGCCGUUUCCAGAUUAAUGAUUCUUUUGAAUGAAAGAACUUACAAAUAAGUAUUUAAUUGUAUUUUAGACUAUCAUCUUUCUUCAAAAAAUUAUCUUUUAGUUAAUGUUUUGUACAUGUACUUUAUGUUGCUUUUGAUGUAUAGGUACGAUAUUUUACCUUCGUAAUAAAUAUUUAUUGUAAUUAUGUAACAUAUGAUAUAACGACGUUUAUCAAAAUCAUCAAAGUUUAAUCAUAUAUUUAAAUGCUUUGUAAUAAUUGAAAAACCUAUAAGUCUGGUAUAUGAUGCCAGACUAUAGAAAAAAUAAUACUUUCAAGUUUUCUUUUUAUAUGCAUGAAAGUUUGUUUAAGUACUUACGUAAGUAAUUAUGUUUAGAUGAGAUAAGACUGUUUUGGUGUCAGAUUCAUUAGUUAAAUGAUCGCUUGUGUCCAAAAAGUGUUUGCUACACAUAGUCCAGUGACACUUAGUAAUAAACUGAAUGAUAACAACUUGACUGCGAAUUACGACUAUGAACAGCACUGUAAUCUGCUCAUCCUGAUAUACUCAAACAUGAAAUGACAGUAACUAUGUAUUACAAAUCAUGUUUAAAUCAGUUUAAAAUGGUUCUUCAGAAGAUAUAAACAAGUUUGUUCGAUUUGCGGGAGGCAAAAAAAUGAUUUGACGAAUAAGAAGUAAGUUUGCAAAAGUAAUUAUUUCAGCAAUUAUUUUACAAUAAGAAGUUGUCAUUUAAAAAGAUAUUGUAUUUGUUUCAUACUUGUUUAUAUUCACAUACCUGCUGCUAAUCGCUGUACCAUUUUAUAUCUAGUAACUGUUAGCUUAAAAUUUUCGAACAAAGUAAACCAAUGUGCUUGCCGCAAGUUAAUCUAUACGUCUAGGACCCACAUUUAUGUUUUGCCGUUACAUUUGUAACGGGUACUGUUAAAUAGUUUGAUAAUUCUAAUGAUCAGAACAGAAAUAAGAAAAACAUUCUACAUGUACCACAGUAUCUAUGAAAUCGCAACCUUUUAGUUGACAACAGAUUUAUGCCUCAUUUUAUAUGAUAGAAGCUUUUAACAAGUUCGACGUACCUGUGAUAUUUCACUCAUACGGCUGUUUUUGAAAGAAUCGAAAAAUAAAAAUAUGAUGUGAAGUUUGAUAUCCUGAAUGCUACACAUUAAGAACGAUUCUCGUGUAUUUUGUAUAGUAUAAACAAAUCUUAUACAUACAGUAAUCAUUCAAUGAAUACCUUACUCUGAUAUUAGUUACUAGUUUAUUUUUUAGAAUACUAAAUUGGAACUAAACUAUACUUAUUUUAAUGAAAUACAGUGUAUGCAUAUAAAUGUUGUGCUAGAGAGUUUACCAACGAGUUAUAUCUUUUAAGAUAUGAGAAGCAUUGCAUACUAGGUUUGUCAGAUAAUAUAAUUGAAUCAUGUGAUAAGCAUUAAAAAAUGUGUCAGUUGUUUUUGUAUAUUGUUUUAGAUUUUUGUUAAACUGAGUUUUACAAUAAUGUUUGUUAAUAUGCUGAAGAAGUUAUACAUUUUAUAUCUGUUUAAUAAUGCAUGAAAAUGAAACUAGUUCAUGCACAAUUUAAUGUGAUAUCAAUGUUAUAUUAAUUAUCAAUUUACAUAGAAAUAUAAAUCUUGUUUUCAUUAACCUGUAGUGCUUUUUAUCUUGAAAAUGCUAUGAAGGCAACGCAAUAAGAACCUGGUUAAAAAUUUA